AUUGGUUACUGCUGUUCUCUUUUCAUAUUGGAUGGAGGAUUUGGUGUCCACCUUCUUAUUAUAUAAGGUGACAGGUGAAUCACACACACACAUCUGCAAUCCACAAAGAGAGGAAGAUGGUGUUUACUGUAAAGGACAUCAGCUUUCAGGCCGGAACAGAGUUGAAAAUUUCUGGCAAGGUCAAAUCGGACUGUGAAGGGUUCUCUAUUAACGUCGGUCAUGACUCUGACUCAGUAGCUCUUCACUUUAACCCUCGAUUCACUCAGUGCGGCGACUGUCGCGUCAUUGUGUGUAACUCGAAUAAUCACGGCGGAUGGGGAGAUGAACAUCGUGAACCCUGCUUCCCCUUCCAACAGGGCGAAGAGUUCAAGGUGGUCAUCACCUUUAACAAUGAAACAUUUUACAUCAAACUUCCUGAUGGAAACAUGAUGAGUUUUCCAAACCGUUUCGGGGACGACACUUUCAAUCACAUCGAGGUGCUGGGUGGUGUGAAGGUCAACAGCAUUAAAGUUAAAUGAGAACUGAUGAAGGAUCCUGUUUCUUUUUUAAACAACACAAAUAAAUCCACUGACAUUA